AGUUUGGGUUUGACUUGGGGAAAUCACUUUAUCUUAUCUUAUCUUUGAUAGAUCUUAUCAUACGGAUUACAUAAGCCAAGUACGCGUCCUGCUUGCGCGUCAGGCAAGAACCAUUCUUUCACUCUCACCAUGGAUCAUUUCCCUACAAACUGGGGCCGUCCAAGAAACGACGCUGUUGACCUCUACGGAACGUACCCAAUCGCACAACGACCUUAUAAUGGACCCAAAGCUUCAGCUGGUAUUCAGCACACACAACAGCCAAUAGUGACAGGAACGAGUGUCCUCGCUAUCAAGUACAAGGACGGGAUAAUGAUGGCUGCUGACAACCUCGCCUCCUAUGGUUCGCUCGCCCGCUUCAAGGAUGUCCAACGUCUGCAAGCAGUGGGAGACUAUACCAUUAUUGGCGCCAGCGGUGACAUGUCCGACUUUCAAUACAUCCAAACUAUACUCGACGAACUCAUGGUGGACGAAUUCACCGCUGCCGAUGGUCACAGCCUUGGACCAGCUGAGAUCCACGAGUACUUGUCUCAGGUCAUGUACGCCCGGAGGUCCAAGAUGAACCCUCUAUGGAAUUCACUGCUUGUCGGUGGAUUCAAAGAUGGAAAGCGAUUUUUGGCAUACGUCGACUUGCUAGGUACCACUUACUCUGCGUCAACGUUGGCGACUGGAUAUGGCUCCUACAUCGCCCAGCCCCUCCUACGUAAAGCGGUCGAGGGCUACGAGGAUGUCCUUACCGAGGAGGAGGCGCUCAAGAUCAUCGAGGAUAGUAUGAAAGUCCUGUAUUACAGAGAUGCGAGGAGUUUGAAUAAGUACCAAAUUGCUAAAAUCACGGCUGCUGGCACCUCUAUCUCAGAGUCGCGUAGCGCGGAUACGACAUGGUCCUUCGCCGAAGGCAUCAGAGGAUAUGGCGCACAGACGCAGUGAUUCAAUUCUUUUCAUUUUGUUGCCGUUGUGUCGUUCAGAAUCAGUCGUUUGUUCCUGGGUUGCUACGUACGUAGCGGAACGAGUUGGACAGGCACGUAGAGUAUUAUAUAUCAAUGGAUGUUAUAUUGCUCUUGCCGGUAACCAAGGCAGGGAUGUGAAAAUGCUCGAAUGGCUGAUAAACAAACUGUCGCGAGA